AAGUGAUGGCGAAUUAUUGAUACUUCUCUUUAGUACCUGAUGUACUGUAUGUUGACCAUUCCACCAGAUCUCAGCUUCAGUGGUUUUUCAGAAUUUCAGGCAAUCUUGUAUUGGUCAGAACUCAGAAGCGUGUUCAUCCGGCUGCAUGUUCUUGGCAUCGUCCAAUCAACUUCAUUCUUAUAUCCAACAGUCAACAGAUUGGGAAAUAUCUGAAACGAUUGCAAUAGGCCAUCAUACACAUCCAAGCAGUCAUUUGAAAUUAUUGGAAGUAGAGCUUUUAUCAAUUUUUGACUGGAAAUUGGAAGGAGCAUUUCUGUGAACCAAGAUGGCUGCCGCAAUCAAGAGUCAGGAUCCAGUUAUGCAGGAGCCAGAGGAAGAGGGAGUACCGCAAGGGAUCUGUGGAGUACUCCUUGGUCCACCAGGAGCUGGAAAAGGAGUCCAGGCACCCAAGCUUGCAGAGAAGUACUGCGUAUGUCACCUUGCAACGGGUGACAUGCUGAGGGCGGUCAUCGCCUCAGGCUCGGACCUCGGUAAGAAGCUGAAGGUGGUGUUGGACAGCGGUAAGCUGGUCAGCGAUGAGCUGGUGGUGGAGAUGAUUGAUAACAAGCUGGGUGCACCUGAGUGCAAGAAUGGCUUCCUUCUAGAUGGCUUCCCAAGGACCGUUGUCCAGGCUGAGAAGCUGGACGAACUUCUCACAAAGAGGAAGACUGCCCUGGACUCAGUAGUCGAGUUCGGCAUUGACGAUUCACUUCUUGUGAAACGAAUCACCGGACGGCUGAUCCACAAGCCCAGUGGGAGGUCUUAUCACACAGAAUUCAGCCCUCCAAAGAAGCCUAUGACUGAUGAUGUAACUGGUGAGCCACUGAUCAAACGAUCAGACGACAACGAGGUAACGUUGAAAACACGCCUUGAAGCCUACCACAAGCAGACUGCACCUCUCGUUGAUUAUUACUCCAAACGAGGGAUCCAUCAACGGGUAGAUGCUGCUAGAGCACCCGACGCAGUCUUCGCAAGCAUCCAGUCCAUUUUUGCUAAAGCACAGACUGGAAGAAAAGAUAAAGUUGUAUUCAUUUGAUCGUAGAACUACUAAGUAGUAUGAGACUGCAGCAAGUCACCACAAAGCCUGGACAAAGUCAAUAACAUAUCAGUGAAA